UUGUGUUUUGAAAAAUAUCAACAGCACAGCUAUUUUUAAAGUGGAUUUGUUUAAAAAAAAACAAGCAUAAAUUACCGUUAAGGGUUCACAAACAUUAAAUAUGGGGGAUACACAACCAUACACAGUAUUAGAAUACGAAAAUGUGAAUGGCAUGAAAGUGGUGUUAAACAUUUUCAAAAGGCAAACUUCUCCCAAAUCAAGACUAUUUACAAUAACAUACAAAAACUUGAGACCAGAUGGCACAAGACCAGGGGCUAAAACAGCACUGUUCUUAGCGAUUCUAUUUAAUUUAUUAGCUUUCUGUUACAUCCGUAUAAGUUUAACAGCAAUUUUGGUAGUAAUCAUUGCAUUAUCCUUUCUGGUUUACUUUUGGUUCACACAUAGCGUGCAGUCAGAGAGUCUUCUAGUCAUUCCAACGGUGUGUAUACAAAGUUCAGUAAAGUAUGUGUGGGGCAAAGAAGAUGUCUUCGUUGACUGGUCCAUUAUUGAUGAUGUUAUUAUAAAUGAAGUUAUUCAAAUGAAUCGAGUUUUAUAUUAUCUCACAGUAUUGAAGAAGGAAGAUAAUCCAGACGCUGUUCGCCUGGUUCCAAUUUUCAAGUAUACAAAACCAAGACUAGUGAUGCUUCAGAAGAUAUAUUCUGAAAUUCAGACAUUCUUGAUUGAAGCGCAAAGAGAAAAGGCAAUGGCGGCCGGAGACAGAGUAUAAAAAUUUAACACUACAACAUUACGGUACACACAACAGCAAAACAUUGGAAAAAUAUGGAGACACCUUAAUACAACGUUAAAACAUACAUUCCGGAGCACUGAUAGUUUUAAGGCAUUUAACAAUGUACAUUUUAUUAUUAUAUUUUAUUUAAAAAUGUACAUUUGUUGGAUAUAAAUGUUUGUAGAUUUGCAUUUACUACUGCAUUUAUGUAGUAAAAACAAUAUUAUUAUCUAUUUUUUAAAUUAGUUAAAACUGUAACAAAUACCUCUGAAUGGAAGCUACAAACCUCAAUUUUACUUCAGGAUUUACAUCCUUUUCUUGCCUAUCUCUCCACCUUCUAUCUUAAAAAUGGUAAAUGCCUAUGUUUUUAUUGAACAAUUGUUUAUGCCACAGUUUUUAAUUAAUGUAAGUAGGGAGACUACCUAAUGGAUUUUUUUGAUAUAAUUAGGUAAAUUGGACUGACUGUGUACCUACUCCUUAUUAUAAAAUGAUAAGUGUGGUAACCAUUUAUCCUAGUCAACAUUUUAAUAAAUAAUAAAAUAUCACAAUAUCAAUGAACAAA